GAUGGAAACCCUCUCUUUGCUCUGCGUUUUCACUCUUUUUGACUUGGUCUCUGCUCAAAGGCACAACCUCACGUCCUCGGCCGUGGAUGGCCAGCGCAGCAGAUACCCGCUCUACAUGAUGCAGCUCUAUCGCUCCUUCAGGACCAUGGACGCCGCCGCGCCGAGGCCACGCGAGCAGCUGCCGGCACAUCCGGACUCCGUCCUCAGUCUGGAGGCCACUGGCUGCCAACAAGUGGGGGAAAGAUGGAGCGUCACCUUCGACCUGUCGUCCGUCUCCACGGGAGACACGGUCCAGUCGGCUGAGCUGCGGAUCCGACUUCCGGCCUUCGUUUCCUCCAAACACGCCGUGGUGGACUUCUAUCACUCCAGGAAGCCGGGCGGCCACCACGAGCCUCUGCUCCUGGGCAGCCUGCUCUCACCGGAGCGGAGCAGCCUCAAGUCCUCAUGGAGGGUCCUGAAUGUGACAGCUCUUCUGAGACGCUGGCUUCAGCGGGAGGGGGGGCUGUGGAGCUGGGAGGCCUCUGGAGAAGCCGAGGGGGGCAGCGGGGCGGGAGGCGACGCCAGCAGGGGUGAGGUCCAGCACCGGACCGCGAACCGGGUCCUGCUGCUGGUGUUCUCCAGGCACCGGCCGCAGCAGGGGUCAGCUCCAGCGGCCUACAGCCUCAUUCACGCCGUGGAGAGCUCCAAGCACGUGUCCAGUGGUCCCAGCCGCCGCCGCAAGAGGAACCGGCUGGAGAGGGAGCGGGCGGGGGCCACGUCUGCCCCCCCGCCCGUCCCCACCUGCAGGCGCGUGGACAUGUGGGUGGACUUCGACGACAUCGGCUGGGACGAGUGGAUCGUGCACCCCAAGCGCUUCAACGCCUACCGCUGCGAGGGAGCGUGUCCCGCCCCGCUCAGCGACUCUUUCCGGCCCACCAACCACGCCUACAUGCAGAGUCUCCUGAGGCUGCACCAUCCGGAGCGCGUGCCCUGCCCGUCCUGCGUGCCCACCCGCCUGGGGCCCCUCUCCAUGCUCUACUACGAGAAGGACGAGCUGACGCUGCGGCACCACCAGGACAUGGUGGUGGAGGAGUGUGGCUGCCACUGA